AUGGCCAACCGCACGGUGAAGGAUGCACAGAGUAUCCAUGGCACCAACCCUCAAUAUCUGGUGGAGAAGAUCAUCCGGACUCGAAUCUACGAGUCCAAGUACUGGAAAGAAGAGUGCUUUGGGCUUACAGCUGAACUGGUAGUGGAUAAAGCCAUGGAGUUGAAGUUUGUCGGUGGCGUCUAUGGUGGAAACAUAAAACCAACUCCCUUUCUGUGUUUAACCUUGAAGAUGCUUCAGAUUCAACCUGAGAAGGAUAUCAUUGUUGAAUUUAUUAAAAAUGAAGAUUUCAAGUAUGUCCGCAUGCUGGGGGCACUUUACCUGAGGCUGACAGGCAGCGCAAUUGAUUGCUACAAGUAUUUGGAGCCUUUGUACAAUGACUAUCGAAAAAUCAAGAGCCAGAACCAAAAUGGAGAAUUUGAACUGGUGCAUGUAGACGAGUUCAUUGACGAGCUGCUGCACAGUGACCAAGUCUGUGAUAUUAUUCUUCCCCGCCUACAGAAACGUCAUGUGCUAGAGGAGGCUAAGCAACUGGAACCUCGAGUCAGUGCUCUAGAGGAAGACUUGGAGGAUGUGGAAGAGGAGGACGAGAAGCUAGAAACAGUGCCAUCACCUGAUCACCGUCAGAGAAGUUAUGGAGGCCAGCACGAGCCCCGGCCAUCUCCACUGCAUUACAGGAAGAACAGGAGCCGGUCACCCAUUAGGCAGAGGAGACCAGCCAAAAGGAGCCCCUCCCCCUGCCGAAAAAGGCAUCUGAACUGGAGUCCAAGACAUCCCGGAAGAAGCAGGUCUCGAGGGAGAAGGCACAGAUCCCGCUCCAAGGCUCCAGGUCGCCGGAGAGGGAAUGAGUAA